UUCACAGCCAGAUCAAAACCAGUCGAAACCACUAGCCCUGAACAAGAAGAAAGAAAUCUUGCGCCCCAGGAGCCUGUGCCAACAAUCAAACCACCAGAAUCAUACAAACCUGCAGAAGAAUCAAGAUUCCUAGACAACCCACCAUUUUUACAACCCAAACCCAUACCACAUUCACCAAAAAUUUCACCAUCAUCAAUACCCAAUCCAAACCCAAGUGUAACAACAACAAAACAGGUUGAACCAGGUUACCCUAAUUACGGAGGCUAUAUUUAUUCAAUACCUGGUUAUUCAGCCUUUCAGCCGGUGUCUUAUCCAGGUGUAGUUCAACCAUCGCAAGCUGCAUUACCACAUCCCGAACCAUCUAAUUCAGAAUUCGUGCCAUUUGCAGUCAUCCCGAAUAAUAAUUCAAUACCAACGACGAAUCAAGAAGAAAAAACAAAUGAAUCAAAAGCAGUUGAUACGCAACCCCUGACUGUAGAAAAACCUAAACCGCAGACAGAUUUUGAAGCUAAUUUUAGUCCUACAGUAAUUCCAGUAACAUCUAUGGCUGAAGUAAAAAAGGAUCAAAUAAACGACUCGAAAAUGAGUAUAACUUCAAUCGUUCAAGGCUCCGGGGCAACAGUAACGAUACCGACACAACACAAAGAAGUUAAAAAGAAAACAAAUGAACGAUUCAGCUUAAAAACUAGCAUUCCAAUAAGCAAAAUCGAUAUGAAAUGUGUUACUAAUCCCCCAGAAGCAUUUCAAACAAGCUUAAAAAAACCUAUGUUUAAUCCUACGUUUCCAACAAAAAACGAUAACGCUUCUAAGGUUGAAAUUCAAAGUAAUAUAGUUAUAAAGAGUGCACCAAUUUCAGAAUUUAAGAAAGAUACAGAAAUAAAAGACACAAAAGCAGUUUCAUCACCGGCAUCUAAUAAUAUUAGCACGCUGAUAAACGCUGCUGAAAUGAUUAACAAAUCUGAGACACAAUUUCAACAAGCAGUAGAUAAUUCUAGUCAACAAAAUCUUACUCAAGAAUCAAGAGAAUUAUCUUAUAUGUCUCAAAUGCCACCGACUCCAAGGCCAUUAUACAACCCUAAUGUGGAAACGAACAAACCUUGUUUCAACAAACAACCUGAAGGUGUAAUAAACGAUCAAAAAAAUCAAAUAUUAUUCAUUCAAAACAAAAACCCUUCUAACUCAAAAAUGCUAGUGACUAUCCAACAGCAAAAUUCGCAGGUUUUAGUUCAGAGGACCAGCUUUGAUUCAAAAAACCUGCAAGCUCCUUCACGACUGUCCGGCCAAGGAAAGAAAUGUAAAGAAGAAAUUCUCAAUGAUAAUUUAUCGUCCUCAAAAGUGGUGGCAUUAAAAAGAAUGCAUCAAGAAAACUGUGAUGAAAAUGAUUUUGAGAAUUUAAUUACAGAAAAUCAAAUCUACGGUAAUAAGAUUGUCGUGAAGGAGAAGUGCCAAGGUACAUUACAAGAACAAGAUUUAAAAAGUAAAAAAAUCAUUGAAAAACCGCCUCAAACGGACACAAAAAACGUUGUAUUGCAACCAAAUUUUUUGUACUUGAGCAACGUACAAUUUCCGGCAAAUGUAAUGAUGAUUAAAAACAAUAAACCUGUUAACGAUAACAAUAAGGUAGUUAAAAUUUCAUCUAACGAAAAUAAGCCUAAUGAAGUACCUACUACAAGCAUCACUGACCCUUCAAAUAAGAUCACAAAACCUCAAAAUGUAACUCUUAAUAAAGAGGUUCAUGUUCUCAAAUCUACUAGCAACAAUGUAUCUGUAUCUAAUAAAAGCACAGAUGUCGUAUUCCAAGCGCCUAAUCAAAAGGUAAUUAUGAAUCCUCAGAUAGUUUAUCAAGUACCCAUGAUUGUUGAAACUGAUAAGAAAAAUACUCAAACGUUUGUUAAUGAUUAUACAAAACCAGUUACACAAAAUGUAAGCGAAUUUCAAAAGCCGUUUGAGCAAUCAAAAACAAAUGACAAAUUGUACAUAGCCUGCCCUUAUCAAAUGGAUUCCAAGUUACAACCUAAAAUAGUUAUUACAAAUAUACGAACCAAAGUUUCUAAAACUGAUGAAAUAAGUUCACUGGACGUUUAUGAAAAGAAAAAACGUAUACGUAGAAUGAAGUAUUUAUCCAACAGAGACGGAAAAGAUAUUCAAAAACUUGAAAAGAAAAAUCUGGAUAAUCUCAAAAACAUAAUAACUCCAGAUAAAAUGAAAGCUGAAAUAUACAAAGAGUUUACAAAUACAAGAAUCAAAGUAAUAGACGAUAGCACAGACGAAGAAAGUGAUUAUGAUGAAGAUGAAUUAAAAGAAUACAAUUCCAUAAUUAAUGAUAACGAAAGUACAAAAGACGCUAAUGAAAGUAACAAAAUAGAUUUUCUAGCUGGACUGAAUUUAGCUACUCAAAUUGUUUUUAAGGAAAAAGAGUUAGAACGUAUGGAGAGAAUUUUAAAGAGAGAUUCAAUAGCUGCAGCCUACAUCGCUGCAGGGAGACUAGAUAAGAUCUUCAACGACGACAAACAACCCUCAGCAGUCAAGACAACGUCAUCCCCUACAAUAUCAAUACGACAGGGUGAAGUUAAACCCAAUGAUAACGAACAAGUCAGACAUCGAAAGCAAUUGUUUCUAUCACAGCUGAGUUUAAUGCAAGUUACGACUAAAUAUAAAGAAAGUUAUGAAAAAGUAUGGAGGGAGAUAGUAAGAGAAAGGAAACGGCGUAACGGCACAUUAGAAACGGAUCAAAUUUUAAAACAACCGAAAUUACAAACGGAACCAAUAGAUUUAGAUCCGAACGAUCAGUUACAAAUGUUAACAGAAAUAAAGAAACACGUUAACGAAAAUAAUAACUUAAUAAAGAAAAAGUUAGAUUCCUCCAGCGAGGAUGGUGACAGUAUACGAACGUUGGCCGAAAAGAACUUUUCAGAGUUAAAUCGUCUAUCAAAGAUGGCCGACAGAAGUGUUAAACAUUUCAGUGGCCAAGAUACACGAAAAAGGGAUUUAAACCCGGGUUUUGAUAGUGAAAACAUCCAAAAGACUGCCUUUCAAGUCGAGCAACCGUUUCACAAUUAUCCUAAUUUAAAUAUUCCAAAUAUUUCUAAUAUAAUAUCACUAAAAAGCACCCUGAACCCUACAAAUAUAACUUCUUCGCAAGCUACGUCGAUGGACGAACCACAAAACUCCGCAGCUGGAGUCAGAGAAAUGUUUAACGAAAAUACGGACAGAGUCCAAGACUUUAGUUGUCAAGUAGAUGAAAUCAAAUCUUGGCCGGGAAUAGACGCUAUUAUAAGUAAUUACAGAGAAUUUGAAAUUGGUCGUAAAAAAGAAAUAGAUUCUCUGUACAAGCGAAAUACAGCGCUGCGAGUUGAAGCAGCGCAUAUUACUCGUUCGGCGUCACGUGACGCGGAACGCGCGCGCUCUCUGUUGGCGGAAAGACAUAACCUCGCGUCGGAAGAAGCCCGCGUUUCACAUACAUUGCACAGAUUAUACUCAAUUAUUGAACUUGUCAAAAAAUGUUAA